GUGGUUUCCAUUCUCCACCCACUAUCACCGCCUCCUCUUCUUCGCCUCCCUUCUUCUUUUGGUUCCCCAAAAAAUCCGGUCACGAGUUCGGAGCGGCCGCCGGAGCCCAAACUCCACCCGAAAUCUUCCUGGAUAAAUAGAGGAGGAGAAUUAGAGAGAAGGGGAGUCUUUGAGGAGUCCCAGUCCACUGGUUCUUUGGAGGUCCUUGAUCGGUUCUAGGGCUUCUAUCUCGGGAGAUCCACUGUUUCUGAUCUCAUCGAGGAAGCAUUAGGCUUUUGACCACAUGGAGGGAGAAGAGACUAGCCAGGGAGCAUCAAUCAUAGAUUUUGAUCAGAAUAGAUAAGCGAGAAGCAAGAAUCAGCGAGUAGAAAACAUUCACAGCUACAGAUGAUCCUGCGGGUUGUUGAUUUUGUGCUGCAAUGAAGGUUGUGCUCUCUUUUUAAAGAACUAGCAAUUAUGAACCUCUUGAACAAUGUGGAGCAGCUUCCAGUUGCAAGAAUCUGUCUGUCUUUGUGUUUUUAAAGUUGGGAAAGCAUGGCAAAACUUGGAAGCACCAGCCGCAGGGCUUGCAGUGGACUUUUCAGGAAACCAAAUGAGACUAUGAGGCUCAUUAUAACAACGAUUGUAGGAGUUGUUCUUGGCUUUUUCAUUGGAAUUUCCUUUCCUACAGUAAGCAUAACAAAGCUCCACUUUCCUUCUAGCAUUAUUUCAUACAUUGAAGACAGGAACUCAGGUCUUGCGACUCAAGCAUUCUUGAACCAAGCUUUGACAUCUGCAAGAAAUCAGAACAGAAACAAUUCAAAGGAUUUCAAUGAUACUUUAAAGAUUUAUGUUCCGACAAAUCCUCGAGGUGCAGAAAGACUACCACCAGGCAUUGUUGUAUCAGAAUCAGAUUUUUAUCUUCGCAGAUUAUGGGGCAAUCCUGAUGACGACUUAACCAUGAAGCAGAAGUACCUUGUAACAUUCACAGUUGGAUAUGACCAGAAAAAAAAUAUUGAUGCAGCAGUCAAAAAGUUCUCUCAAAAUUUUACAAUCUUACUAUUCCAUUAUGAUGGCCGAACAAGUGAGUGGGAUGAAUUUGAAUGGUCAAAACGGGCUAUUCAUGUGAGUGCCAGGAAGCAGACUAAAUGGUGGUAUGCGAAACGAUUUUUGCACCCUGAUAUUGUGGCUCCAUAUGACUACAUAUUUAUCUGGGAUGAAGACCUCGGAGUAGAGCAUUUUAAUGCAGAAGAGUACAUUAAACUGGUAAAGAAACAUGGCUUGGAAAUUUCACAGCCUGGUUUAGAACCAAAUAGAGGAUUAACCUGGCAAAUGACCAAGAGGAGAGGGGACCGUGAAGUUCACAAAGAAACAGAGGAGAGACCAGGCUGGUGUUCUGACCCUCAUCUUCCACCGUGUGCUGCGUUUGUGGAGAUUAUGGCAACUGUCUUCUCCCGAGAUGCAUGGCGUUGUGUAUGGCAUAUGAUUCAGAAUGACUUGGUCCAUGGAUGGGGUCUCGAUUUUGCUCUCAGAAAAUGUGUGGAGCCAGCUCAUGAGAAAAUUGGAGUGGUAGAUUCUCAGUGGAUCGUUCAUCAAGUGGUUCCUUCACUUGGGAACCAGGGCAUUUCUGAGAAGGGAAAAGCACCAUGGGAAGGGGUGAGGGAGCGAUGCCGAAAAGAGUGGGGGAUAUUCCAAAAUCGAUUGGCAGACGCAGAGAAAAAAUAUUACAAGAAGAGGGGGAUUCCUCCCCCUAACACAACAGCUGUUUAGAUUAGUAUGUUGAUUUUUUGUCACAAAUUUGGAUCAUAGUUAUCUACGGAGAUUGAUAUGUAGAGCAUAGAGGUUUUUAAAUAUUAAUGUUAAUAUUGUUCUUUGUUUUUUUGAGUUUCA